AUGUCCCUCUCGCCAACCAACAAAAAGAGAAAAUUAUUCGUCACCACAACGGCCAGUGCUGAUAGUUCUGCUGGUUCGGCCUGUUCCGCAUCAUCUCAUAGUAGUUGUUCUUUGAAUCAAUCAUCUUCAUCAUCAUUGGAAAAUAAUCAUACAACUGCAUGUUCAUCUUCCGCAAGUUCAAUCAUUGAACACCAUCAUGAUCUUUUGAUGGAUGAUGUCAUUUAUGAAAUUCUUUGCUUUCUUGAUUCAACUUUUAUCAUUAAAGUUUGCAUGAAAAUUUCGAGACAAUGGAGAGAAAAAUCCUUUCAAAUUCCUUUAACAUUGUCAAUUAAUGCCAACACUCAAAAAGUUAUAUUUAGCGAAUCAGAAAUUGCUGCAUCCAUAGCCAAUAGCGAAAGUUUAAAGAAUUUAACCUCAUUGGAGUUGAAAAAUUAUGGUAUUGGCUCAAAAGAGGCUAAGUAUAUUUUAAAUAGCCAAAACUUGAAGAAUUUAACAUCAUUAGGUUUAGGUUCUAAUCUAAUUAAGUCGAAAGGUGUUAAAUUUGUUGCAAAUAGCAAAUAUCUGAAGAAUUUGACUUGCUUGGAUUUGUCUAACAAUGACAUUGGCCCACAAGGUGCUGAAUUUAUCUCAAAUAGUGAAAAUAUGAAAAAGCUAAAUAUUUUGAAUUUGUGUGACAAUGAAAUUGGCUCAGCAGGGGCCAAAUAUAUUGCGAAUAGUGAAUAUUUGAAGAACUUGACUUUAUUAGAUUUGUAUGGAAAUGAAAUAGGUUCAAAAGGAGUCAACUAUUUGGCAAAUAGUCAACACUUGUCAAAACUAAUCUCAUUAGACUUGACUAGCAAUAGCAUUGACAACGCACUAUUAAUAGCAGGUAGCUCCACUUUGAAAAAUUUGACAUUUUUGAAUUUAUCUAACAAUAGCGUUGACUCAGAAGGGGUUAAACAUAUUGCGAAUAGUGAAUAUAUGAAUAACUUAACCUCACUAGAUUUGUCUUGCAAUGAUAUUGAUGCCACAUGUGUUAAUGUAAUUGCAAAUAGCAAGAAUUUGAAGAAUUUAACUUUUUUGGAUUUAUCUUUCAACAACAUACCCUCAAAGAAUGGCAGAUCUGUUGUAAAAGCAUUUGAAUCCAUUAAUUUUCAAUUAGUAGAACGUUUAAGAUUCAAAAAGAAUCCAAAUCAUUAG